AUGGGCAAGAAGCGCGUUCUCGUAAGCUACGGAGUGGACGUCGAUGCCGUCUCGGGCUGGCUUGGUUCAUAUGGAGGCGAGGAUUCCUCAAACGACAUCAGUCGAGGGUAUUUCGCUGGAACGAUUGGAACGCGAAGAGUGCUGAAGUUCUUGGCAAAAUAUAAUAUCAAGGCGACUUGGUUUAUCCCGGGCCAUUCUUUGGAGACGUUCCCGGAGGACAUGGCAGCUGUCCGCGAUGCCGGUCACGAAAUCGGACUACACGGAUAUUCACACGAGAACCCCACCGACAUGACCAUCGACCAACAGCGCGAAGUUCUGGACAAGACAUACCGUAUGCUCACUGAGUUUGCUGGGAAACCACCUCGUGGGAGCGUAGCCCCUUGGUGGGAAACGUCGAAGGAGGGCGCACAGCUUUUAUUGGACUACGGUAUCGAAUACGACCACAGCAUGAGCCACACCGAUUGCGAGGCCUACUAUCUUCGAACCGGGGAUACUUGGACAAACAUUGACUAUAAGAAGAAGCCCGAAGAUUGGAUGAAACCUUUGGUCAAGGGGCAAGACACGGGUCUAGUUGAGAUCCCUGCUAAUUGGUAUUUGGAUGAUCUACCUCCCAUGAUGUUCAUCAAGAAUGCACCAAAUAGCCACGGAUUCGUGAACGCACGCGAUGUCGAAGACAUAUGGAGAGACCACUUUGACUACUUCUAUCGUGAAUAUGAUGAGUUCAUUUUCCCCAUGACCAUUCAUCCUGAUGUUUCCGGGAGACCUCACGCCAUAUUGAUGCACGAAAGAUUAAUCGAGCAUAUGAAGAAGCAUGAAGGCGUUGAGUUUGUUACAAUGGCAGAGAUCUGUGAUGAGUUCAAGAAGAAGAAUCCCGCACCAGCCGGCGCUGUACUUCCUGCACCACCAGGUGCUAUGUUAUAG